AUGAAGCUCAUCGUCAGUGGCGCCACCGGCUUCCUCGCCACCGAGGUCAUCCGCCAGAGCCUCCAAAGGCCCGAAAUCACCUCCGUCGUCGCCGUCAGCAGACGGCCGAUAACCGCCCCACAAGGAGCCGAUCCUUCCAAAUUGAAAAAUCUCGUCCUCAAGGACUUUAAUCAUUAUUCCGAAGCCGACAAAAGGAGCUUGCCGGGGCCAAAGGAUGCAUCUGAAUUGGGAAAUGGGGAGACUAACCGCCGCCGUCAAAUCGCUCGCGCCGGCGCCCUCCGUAGGACCAUCGGGCUUACUCCCACAAAGAUGUCGCAUUUGACCCCGGCCGACCACCGCCGCAUUUGCCUCGAUUACACUAUGGCCGGCAUCAAGGCUAUGCACGAGGCCGGCCCAGAAAAGCCCCUGCGCUUCGUCUACGUCAGCGGCUUCUCCAUCUCGCGAGAUGAGAAACAGCGCCAUUGGUUUGCCGAAGAAUACCUCAAGUUGAGGGGUGAGGUGGAGCGAUCCGUCAUCAAGUAUGCCGGUGAUAGCAACGGCGAUAUCGAGGCCAUGACCGUCAGGCCGGGUUUGAUCACCCCCAGGGGCGCCUUCUUUUCGAGGACCGCGAUGAAGGCGGUGGGCCUGCUAUCCCUCGGCUACUUCAAGGCUCUUUCCGUCGAGGAAAUUGCUGCGACCAUGAUUGAUCAGGUUGUGAACGGCAUUCAAAAAGAUCUGCUGAUGAAUAACGACCUCGCUACCAUGGGCCAAAAGCUUCUCGCAGAGCAGCAAAAGUGA